AAUAAAUUUCAGCCCACCAAUUAAUACUAAAACCCUACCCUAAACCCUUCGUCCCCAAAAGAUCUCUCAACUUUUUCGAAUUCUUCCAAUUUUUUAAAGUGUGAUUGUGUAUGAUGGUUGCGGAUGAAUUGGCUAUGAUGAACCCGGAGAAUGAGGAUUUCGAUCCAGAAACAGAGUCGGAAUCGGAAGAUGAAGAAGGAGAUCAGCAAGUCGUAAAGCUGUCUGAACCUUCUAAAACUGCUGUAUAUAACAAGGAUGGUUUGCUUGAAAGGCUGGCUGAUAUUAGUUGGCCUGAUGAUUUGGAUUGGACUCACAGGCUUAGCAUCAACAGGGAGGAGCAAGAAGAGGUGGAUGUGAACGAUGAUUUGGCGAGGGAACACUCGUUUUACACACAGGGGUUGGAGGGUAUACGUCAAGCGUACGUCAACUUUCAGUCAACCGGUGAACCAUUUCUGAGGCCCUCUGAUUAUUACGCUGAAAUGGUGAAGUCUGACACUCACAUGGAGAAAGUUAAGGGCCGACUCUUGGCUGAGAAGAGGAGGAUUGAGGAGUCCGAGGAGAGGAGGAAGGCAAGAGAUAACAAGAAACUUGCCAAGGAUGUACAAGCACAGAAAAUGAAAGAAAGAACUAAGCAGAAGAAGCAAGAGAUUGAGUCCGUUAAGAAGUGGAGGAAGCAGAGGCAACAAAGUGGCUUCGAUAAAGAAGAUGCUGGUGGUCUAGAUUUGGCAUUUAAUGGAGGAGAGGCGAAUAAACCCUAUCAGCGAUCAAAUAAGAAGAGACCUGGUGUAUCUCCCGGAGAUCGUUCAGGUGGUAAGGCAACAUUUGGUGGAAAAGGUAAGGGGUUCGACAAAAAGAGGAAAAGCAGGGAAUUCAAGGAUUCAAAGUUUGGAUUUGGUGGUAGAAAAGGUUUAAAGAAGCAGAACACUGCUGACACUACCAACGAUUUCGGAGGAUUCCACAAAGGUGAUCGUUCUGCUAAAAACAACAAACGCGUUAAGAGAUAAUAGUUCUGCUCAUCAGUUACUAUUUUUUGUUGUACUAGAUCAAAGUUAUUCCUUUGUACUUUACUAGACCAAAGUUUAUUCCUUUGUUACGCGGAAUGAAAUAGUACUUAAUUGAGAGCUUUAGGCUAUCAAGCAGAAUGAGUUUAAUGUCAUCAUUUUUCUUGGAUUUGAAAGUUAAUUUUAUGUCUAUAAACUCAAAUUAUGUAUUUUUUGAAGUUGUGCUAGAUUUUACUGCAAGUUUUUGAGAUGAUUUGAA